AAAUGGCGGCGCCGAACUGAGCGGCCCCAGGCGGCGGCGGGCGCUGGCGGAGGGACCGAGCGGGCGCUGCCGGCAUCGCCGAGGGGCGGAGGAAGGCGGAAGGAAGGGAAGGGCCGCGGCCGGUCGGCGCCGCGCGGGCGGGGCCGAGCUCCGAGCGCCCGGGGCGCUGCCGCCGCCGCCUUCUCGCCGCAGGUAGAGUCCGCCGUGCGGGGGCCGGAGGGGCCGGGGCGGUAACGGGCCCGCUCCGGCUCGGCCCGGCGUCCCGGGCCCUCUGCGGGACGCGGCCGUGGCAGGAGCGGCCUCGGGUGACGGGCUGCGGCCGGCGGGGCGGCAGAAGCGCAGGUGUCCCAGCGGGGCGCGUUCGGGAUCCUCCUGCCGGCGGUGAAAUCCUCCUGGCCUGCUGCUCCUGGGGAGGCCGCGUCCUGCUGUCCUGCGGGAAUCGGUGCCGGCCCGAGCGCAGCCGGCCUUUGGUGCUCUGGGGCUGCCCAGCUGUUGUUAGCCGUGAAGAUCGCUCCGAGGUGCGCCUGAAAUAACUCCUGCUCCUCCUGGAAUACUUGUGUGCGUGGAAGAGCUUUAUCCUGCUAAAGGAGAUAGCAAAGUCUCUUUUAGGGAAGAAAAUUUAAUCAGCAAAACCAGCUGCAUUAAAAAACAGAUCAUUUAAGGACACAAUACUACAAGAGGGAAUAGACAUCAGUUCCCUUGGAUACAGUUUGUGUUUGAAUAGCAGUUUUGGAUUGUGACAAACUCCAGCACUACAGGAACCAAGGUUUCACAGUGAAGAGCCGCUGCUUUCACAAGUUCUGACAUCAGCCAGUCUUCCUUGAAUUCUGGUGUGUGCGAGUCCUUGGUGGAGGUUGCAUAUAUACAUGUUUUCAUGAAGAGAAGUGAGAAGCCAGAAGGUUAUAGACAAAUGAGGCCUAAAACUUUUCCUGCCAGUAAUUAUACUGGCAGCAGCCAGCAGAUGCUACAGGAAAUACGGGAGAGCCUCAGGAAUUUGCCUAAACCCUCAGAUGCUGCUAAAGCUGAUCACAGCAUGGGCAAAAUGUUACCUGAAGAUCCUAGGCAAGGCCGAAAUCCCCCCAAAUUUGUAACAUAUCAUAAGGUUUUGCAGGAGAUAAGAAACUCACUUCUGCCUUUUGCAAAUGAAGCAACCUCAGCUGUCAAAGGAACAUCAGAAGUUAAUCGACAAAUGCUGCAAGAUUUGCAGGCUGCUGGCUUUGAUGAGGAUAUGGUUAUACAAGCUCUUAGACAAACUAACAACCGUAGUAUAGAGGCUGCCAUUGAAUUUAUAAGUAAAAUGAGCUACCAGGAUCCUCGUCGAGAACAGAUGGUUGCAGCAGCAGCGAGACCUGUAAACGCUGGUAUGAAGCCACCAGCAGGGGCUGUGCAGCAGUCAGUUAACCGCAAGCAGAGCUGGAAGGGUUCUAAGGAGUCCUUGGUCCCGCAGCGGCACGGCCCUUCCCUGGCAGAGGGCGUGGUGUAUCGCUCAGAGAGUCCCAGCUCCCAGCCCGAUGUAGGAAGGCCAUUAUCUGGAUCUGGCAUUGCAGCAUUUGCUCAGGCUCAUCCUGGCAAUGGACAAAGAGUGAAUCCCCCACCUCUACCGCAGAUAAGGAGUGUCACUCCUCCUCCUCCACCUCCUCGGGGGCAGACACCCCCUCCAAGGGGAACUACUCCUCCACCUCCUUCCUGGGAGUCAAAUUCCCAAACAAAGCGGUACUCUGGCAACAUGGAAUAUGUGAUCUCCCGUAUUUCUCCAGUGCCACCAGGAGCAUGGCAGGAUGGUUAUCCACCUCCACCUAUGAAUCCUCCUCCUAUGAAUUCAUCCACGCAGGGUCAGAGAGGCAUGAGUGCUGUCCCCAUUGGCAGGCAACCAAUAAUCAUGCAGAGUUCUGCCAACAGCAAAUUUAGUUUUCCCUCAGGAAGAGCUGGAAUGCAAAAUGGCAGUUGUCAGGCAGAAUUCAUAGUUCACCAGAAUGUGGUGUCUGGAAAUUCGGUGAGUCGCCAGCCACCCCCGUACCCAAUGAAUCCAGCUAACAGGCAGAGUCCCACAGCACUACAGAUGCAGGCAGGAGGAUCUGCUCCUCCUUCAGCAUACACCAAUGGGAAUCUUCCUCAGGCAAUAAUGGUGCCAAACAGGAAUAGUCACAACCUGGAACUUUACAACACAAAUGUAGCUGGAAUACCUGCAUCCUGGUCACAGCCUUCCCCUGUGCAGCCGCAGUCGUCGCCAGGCAAUGGGCACGACAUGCCUACAUGGCAGCCCAGCGUUCCCGUGCGCUCAAACUCCUUCAACAACCAUCACGGCAGCAGGCAGAGUCACUCUGGCAGCUCCCAGCCUUCGGCCACCACGGUGACAGCCAUAACGCCAGCUCCCAUUCAGCAGCCAGUGAAAAGCAUGCGGGUGUUGAAACCGGAGCUGCAGACUGCCCUGGCACCCUCUCACCCUUCCUGGAUGCCGCAGCCCGUGCAAACUGUUCAGACCAUUCCCUUCUCCGACGGUCCCUCCACCACUAUGGCAGUUAUGCCUCCUGUUGCGGAGGCUCCAAAUUACCAGGGUCCCCCACCACCUUACCCUAAACACUUGUUACAUCAGAAUCCUUCUGUCAAUCUGUAUGAGGCAGGACCCAAGCUCAACAAGGAGGAGCCACCUCCUUUAUCCAGGGAGGAGGAGAAUGAAAAGAAUUACGAAUGUGUUGAUUCAACAGAUAAAGAAAAGAAACAAAUUACAACCUCACCUGUUCCUGUUAGAAAAAACAAGAAAGAUGAAGAAAGAAGAGAGUCUCGCAUUCAAAGUUACUCACCUCAAGCCUUUAAAUUCUUUAUGGAGCAGCAUGUGGAGAAUAUACUCAAGUCACACCAGCAGCGUUUGCAUCGGAAAAAACAGCUAGAGAAUGAAAUGAUGCGGGUUGGAUUGUCACCAGAAGCCCGGGAUCAAAUGAGGAAAAUGUUGUGCCAGAAAGAGUCAAAUUAUAUUCGGCUAAGAAGAGCUAAAAUGGACAAGUCAAUGUUUGUAAAAAUUAAGACCCUGGGAGUUGGUGCAUUUGGAGAAGUUUGCCUAGCAAGAAAGGUGGAUACUAAUGCUCUAUAUGCAACAAAGACUCUGAGAAAAAAAGAUGUCUUGCUUAGAAAUCAAGUUGCUCAUGUUAAAGCUGAGCGGGAUAUCCUUGCAGAAGCUGAUAAUGAAUGGGUGGUUCGCCUGUACUAUUCAUUCCAAGAUAAGGACAAUUUGUACUUUGUAAUGGACUACAUUCCAGGAGGUGAUAUGAUGAGUCUCCUAAUUAGAAUGGGUGUCUUUCCAGAAAAUCUGGCACGGUUCUACACAGCAGAACUGACGUGUGCAGUUGAGAGUGUUCAUAAAAUGGGCUUCAUCCACAGAGAUAUUAAACCUGACAAUAUCUUGAUAGACCGUGAUGGUCAUAUCAAAUUGACUGACUUCGGGCUCUGUACUGGUUUUCGAUGGACCCAUGACUCAAAAUACUACCAGAGCGGUGACCAUGCCCGUCAGGACAGCAUGGAUUUCAGCAGUGAGUGGGGUGACCCUGCGAACUGCAGGUGUGGGGAUCGGCUGAAGCCGCUGGAGCGCAGGGCUGCGCGUCAGCACCAGCGCUGCCUGGCCCAUUCCCUGGUGGGCACGCCCAACUACAUUGCACCAGAGGUGUUGUUACGAACAGGUUACACACAGUUGUGUGACUGGUGGAGCGUUGGAGUAAUUCUCUUUGAGAUGCUAGUGGGGCAACCUCCAUUCCUGGCCCAAACACCACUGGAAACACAAAUGAAGGUUAUCAACUGGCAAACUGCACUUCAUAUUCCACCUCAAGCUAAAUUGACUCCAGAGGCCUCUGACCUUAUUAUUAAACUCUGCCGAGGGCCAGAAGAUCGUUUAGGCAAAAACGGUGCAGAUGAAAUAAAAGCUCAUCCAUUUUUCAAAACAAUUGAUUUUUCAAGCGAUCUACGGCGGCAGUCUGCUUUCUACAUUCCCAAAAUCGCUCAUCCUACGGACACGUCCAACUUUGAUCCAGUUGAUCCAGAUAAAUUGUGGAGUGAUGAUGAUAAGGAGGGGAACAGAAAUGAUACCCUUAAUGGAUGGUACAAAAAUGGAAAACAUCCUGAACAUGCUUUCUAUGAGUUCACCUUCCGAAGGUUUUUUGAUGACAAUGGCUACCCGUACAACAAUCCAAAGCCCAUUGAGUAUGAGUAUGGUAGUUCCCAAAACUCAGAACAGCAGUCAGAUGAUGAUGAUGAUGAUGAUGAACAGGCAGGUAGAGGAGUUCAGAGUCGUGAUCUGGUUUAUGUUUAGGAAUAAAAGUCAGAAAUGAAGUAAUCAAUUUUGCAGCAAUAGCUUUUGAAAAGUCUCUUCCUUUAAGAGAAUUGAAAGAAGAUUGCUAGAGUAAAUAUGUGCACGCUUUUUUUUAAUGCUAAAAAAAUUAUUUCUUCACUUUCCCUCUCUGUACAUUUUGUUUCCCCAGAAUACAGGGAAAUCCUUCUCAAAAAAUUAAUUUAUUCCAGUGAUGUUAAUUGUUUAAUUUAGAAGAGAUUUGAUGUUAGGUAAAAAAAAAAAAAAUCACUUGAAUAUUGUUAUUGGUCCUCUGUACUCUAAGUACUCGAAAUAGGAAAUAGAUUGGGUUUUUUUUUGUUUUGUUUUGUUUUGGUUUUUUUUGGGUUUUUUUUGGUUUUUUUGGUUUUUUUUGUUUGUUUGUUUGUUUGUUUUUUUGUUUGUUUGUUUGUUUUUGUUUCGGUUUGGGUUUUUUUUCUUUUUCCACAAAGAUGGCUGGUAUCUAUUUAUACAUAUGUUGAAUAAUUUUAGAGAACAAAUCUCUGCUUUGGAAUUUUUUUCCAUGCAUUGACACAUUGACCAAAUAUAACACCUACUUUAUGCUAAUAAAGUUCUCUGAUACAUUUCUGAAGAGCAAAACAAAGGCUGCUGUACCCUCACUUCUCAAUGUAUUUAGCCUUAUUCACCGUGUUGGAAAAAGAGCCACCUAUCUAGUGAAACAUUUCCAGCUGCUGUGGGAGUGGCCUAGUUCUCAGCUUUGAAACAAGAAAGUGUCAGUCUUGGCUAAAGUACGAUCAUAAGAUGGUAAAACAUUAGAACUAGUAUUUUAUAAAAUAGUAAUUGGAUUUGAUAUUAGUAACACUGUAGCAUGGAACUGGUACUCUCAAAGCAGGACUGCUCACUCAGAAACAACUUGAUUGUCUUCUGUCAUCCAUUCUAUAGAUGUAAGGGGAAAAGAAACCUUAGAAACAACACUUUCUGAAAUCUAGUUCAAUUUUCUGACUGCAACCAAACUGUAGAGUGUGUACAGUGCUGCUUUAGUUGGAAUUUUUAGUUUGAAAAAUGAAUUCUAGAGUAGUGUCUUUAUGAUACAUUUGAGAUAGUAAUGGGAAAAGAUUAUAAAUUAUGACUUUUGAGACUUGUUUUGGAGACCCGUUUUCCUCCUGGUUACACAAGCACUGAGGAGAAGGGCUGUGCUCGGGUCUGUCUGAGCUGGCACUACAGUUUCAGUGCUCUGUCUUUCACAGCCUGCUUCAGAACAGAACUAGGAACUUACACUUGUGCCUGCUGCCAUCUGCAUUACUGCUUCCAUAAUUUUCAGCAGCAGAUGCUCAGGUAUCUCCUAAGGUCUCAUGGUGGGAGAUUCUGAGCUUUUUGAGGAUACAUGGAGCAGGGAUGGGAACAUCACUCUAAGCAGCUUUACUCAGACAAGACUAAGAGUUAGUGUUGAGAGGCAGAAAGAAUUAUGUCUUUGUCUCCAUCCUUUUUCCUAAAAUAAACACAGUGGUAAAAAAAUGCACUAUUUUUAGUAAACUUUGUCUUCUGAAACAUUUCUUCUACCUUGGAAUUGAAUUCCAGUGGAUAAUCUAAUAACAUGCAUGUAAGCUUUACUGCAUUCCUAAAUUAUUUUUUGUGCCAUUGCACUCACUGGCAUUGCAACUAUCUAAACAUCAUGAAAUUGGUGUUCAUAGCUGUUUUUGCAGCAAACACCAGUUACUGGUUUACUUUUCUCACCAAGCUGUUUUGUUUGCUUCUGGCCAUUUGUUCUCUUUCUGUGCUCUCUCUUUGUGCCAGUGCAACUGUCUCUAGUACUGUCCUAAAUACUGGAUCAGCAAAGAAAGUCCUUGUUGGUUAGCAUUUGGAGUUUUCUUUCUUAUAAGUGUGGUCAUUUGAGCGGUCCAGUUUCUAGUGUGGUCCAAAAAUGAUUUAUAUUGAUGUAACUGAGGAACUGCAGCAGGUUGGCAGUGAGGAAACUUCUAAACAUACUUUGUCAUGGAAUAAAAUGUUUGUGGAAGUUCACCCCUCUACUGUGAAGUGUUUAUAAUGGUUAGAAGAUGGUUAUGAGAAGUUGUUUUCUCAAACAAGUAGUUAGUUAGUUGCUUUCUAUAAUGAAAAUGAAUUUGCAGCUUAAUAAAAAAAUUCCUGUUCUGCCUUUCCCACAGCUGUUGAAAUAGAAUAGCUUUUAAGAUUAAUUUCAUUUAGCUUAUUAUAAAAUGGCUGCAGUGCAUAACUAGUCCAUUUUAUAUGUUAUGUAAAAAAGAUUGCUUUUCAUGUAAAUAAACUUUAAAGAUUACCCUCCUUCAUAGUAAGUAUCCCAGUAAAACUGGUCUACUUGUCUUGGAGCAAAGUAUAAUAUAUUGCUGGUUAAAGGUAAUUUAAUCAAAUCUGCCUCACCAUUUUUGAAGUGUGCAGAGAAAAUAAUGUCAGUUCAUUAAAUUGACUCUUAAAAUUGCCUUUUCAUCUGAAUACGUAUCUCCUCUGCCUGCACUAUACUGUGGUAAAUUGCUGUUUAAUACUGAUUUGCUGAUCUUAGGCAGUUUCAAAAUAAUUCUAAAAAAGGAUAAAAAAGUGUCCUGUAAAGGCACCAUUGUCUAAAAAGAAAAACCAAUUGCUUUUAUUAAAGGAAAUGAUUGAUUCUUUUAAGGACAUGUGCAAGUACUGAAAUACUAAAUACUCUUUUUGCCUUUUUUCUACAAAUACAGGAAGUGCUCACAUCUUUAGAAUUUGGUAGCUGCUUUCUGGCAUUUUCUAGUAUCACGUGUUAGAAAUUGUAUUGUACCUUGUUUGAAUUUUGCCACCUAUAUGCUGCAGUAUUACAUAUUUCCUUGCAAAAAGUGCAGUUCGUUACAGUCUAGGUUCUCCUCUGAGAAAGUUAGUUACACAUGAAUGUUGUCACAGCUCUCCAGCAUGCUCUGCCUUACCCAUGUUUUGAAACUUGAUGUUUCAUGUAUAGAUUCAGAGUCUGUUGAGAUUCUUCAUAGUUGCUGCUUAAAACAUGGGUGUUUCACUGGUGACCUACAAUGGGGAUUGGUUUGUACAGGCAGUGAAGAGAGGCUCCUAGCCAGCAGCUGUGGAAUUCUGCAGUAAGUUUUAGUUCAGGUUACUUUUACUUUGUAAAGCAUGAAAACAAGUUUCUCUUUUAUGUGCCCUUGUAUACAUAUUAAUUGUAUUUAUAAAAUGUUCUAUAAUCCUAUAACUUGUACUGUAAAUAUUAUUUGAUAUUCAGUGGCAUUCUAUCCUCGGGCAGGCCCUCUUGCUGUAUCUUUUCUAUCCUCAAUUUGUAAUAGAAUCUAUAGAAUAUAUGGCUAGAAAGUCUCUUGGAGACUGAUGUAUCUUCCGCUGUUGCAAAAACUGUGAGUGGGAAUGAUUUAUUUAGACUCCUUUUAAUAUUAUUCAGCUGAUAGGCAGUGCAGUGGGUGGGUUCUUAGAUGAUGCUGCUGUCACUGAAAAUACUAUUAGGCUUUCAUUUCAGAUGUUGUGGGUAUUUCAGAUCAGACCUUUAAAUCUGUUUGCUUUAUUUCAGCCAAAGCAAAAAGAUAAUGAAUUGGGUCAAUGUCAUAGUAAAAUGUUUGAAUGCCUUAAGAUGCUCAUGAUAAAGGCACUAUUCAAGUUUACUGAUUUAUAUAUAUCUAUAUAGAUAUAUAUAGACAUAUUCUGUGUGUAUAUGUAUAUAUAAUGUCUUUUUUGUAUUAUAAGACUGUCAGUUCUUUUGGAUUCUCCAAUUAAAUACAUAGACCAUCCCACAAUUCUGCUUAAAUGGAUCAUUCAUUUAUUCUGUGUCCAGCUAGUAAACGUAACAAUCUCGCAUCACCUCAUGGCUAUAGUAAGUUAUGCACUGGUUUUUUGAGUAUUCUUUACUUGUCUCAAUCAUGACCUGGACAUCCCCUAAUGCCAGGUCUCUGCAUUCCUGCAGUCCAGCUACAUGCAUGCCAUGUGAUCUCUGAAUGCCCAUUGGCACAUUUGGGUCUUAGGGGCUUAUGGGUGGUGGCUUGGACCAUGAUCUCCAAGACUCCUGAUGUUCGUAUGAAGAGAAUGUGCAACUUUGCUGACUCUUCUAGUAGGUACACUGGAAAAUCCCCUUUGUCCAGGAGUUCCAGAUACCCAGUUUAUCAGUGCCCAGCAGUGGAGGCUUCCUUGCCCCUGCUGACUGAACACACAGCUUGUGUGUUUGACCUGGGGGACGGGAUGUGAGUGGGUGGUUGCACUGACACCUUCUUAAAAGUUAUUUCAGAAUAAGAGAAAGAAUUCCAGCUCUUGGGAGCAGCCUGACUGAAUUAUUGGCUACUGGUAGUGGGUGACAUUCCUGAGUUACGGAAACUGUUCCUGUUCUCUCAGAAUUGGUUUCUGUAGUGUAGCAUUUGAUGGAAUAAUAAACUCCACACUGAAUCUUUGUAAGAAGUGAAAAUCACCUUCUUAUUUUGGCUAUUCAAACAUGAAAUGUAAAGACUAGUUGCCCAAUUGCAUUUAUUUUUCUAUGCUCCUUCACAUCCCUCUUCUACAAGUCACGUUUAUACUGCAACAGCUCUACUGUUUAACAAUAAAAAGGCACAAGUGUAGCAGCAGGAAUGCUAUUGUACUUGGCUGUCACCUCAUGUUUGUAACCUGUUCUCAAAAGUACACAUGUUGAUGUUCAACAGUUC